AUGAGCCAGUUACAAAUGGAUCACGAACACCACCACCCCCACCAGGAGCCCUUCGAGGACCAUCAUACUGCCUGGCACGGCGAUGGUGGAUACAAUCCACACCACCAUUCUCCAGUCCAGGACUACAGUGGCUUCAGCACUUUUGCGCCACUCCCCAUGGAGCCCCUCUAUGGCACCGGCAUGCAUCCGCCUCACCAAACACACCAAACACACCCAACACCGAGGACGACCCAUCCCCAGCUGCAACCUCUGAUCAUGCCUCAAAUGCCACAGUGGCCGAGCAUGUUGACGAGCCAGUCGACAUACCAAGCUCCCUUGUUUCCCUCUGCCCCACCGCCCAUCACCCCGGCAUCAGCAACCCCCGUGUCAGCAUCUUCCACGCACUCCCGGACUUCGUCAACUCCACGGAAGACGCUCACCGACUCGGACCGUAGACGCAUGUGCCAAUACCACGAGGACAACCCUACCGUCAAACAAACCGAGAUUGGAGCCAUGUUUGGUGUGGAACGAAGUACUGUGUCAAAAGUGUUGCGUCAGAAGGAGAAGUAUCUGUACCAAGACGAUGGCAGCCGAUCACCCAUCAAACGGUCCAAAGGCAAAUUUCCAGACAUUGAACGCGCUCUGUCCAACUGGGCCAGAAACCACCAGAGGCAGGGGCUGCCUUUAUCAGACGCUAUUAUCCGGGACAAGGCACGCUUCUUCGCUCAAACUGUCGGCAACACUGACAGCCACCUCAAGGCCAACAGCACCAGUUGGUUGGAGAAGUUCAAACAAAAGAACCAUCUCAUGGGAGCAAGGUCAAGGAAAGGCUCCAUAGCUGAAGAGUCAGAGGGCACUUCCAAUCCGCCGUCCAAUGCGCAUACGCCGGGAGCCAUCUCGCCUACCUCGCCCGGUGGGGUAUCCCCUGGGACUGUGACGAUGAAAACCAAGAAGAGCGAGGAGAACCUCAAGACCGAAAGUCCCGAUACAUACGAGUACAUGAACCGCCGCCGCCCGUUCCACUCACAAAGCAGUACUUCUUUGUCUAGCGUUUUCACCGACACAGCACCUUCGUCCUUCUCGGCCGGUGCCACAAGCCCUACAUCGCUCUCUUCCCCUUUCUUCACGCCGGACUCGGCAUGCGGUCCAAGCCCAUUCAUGGGCCGUCAAUCUGCCAACGGGCAACCCGGGAGCGGCAAUUUCCAACGACCGCGAAGUCAAACUUUCCCCAUGCUUGUAGGUGUCGAGCAGUACAUGUCGCCACCGGGUUCAUCCGACGCGCUUACCCCAAAGUAUGUCAGCAGCGGUACACUCGACUCUCCCAUGGCUGACAUGCCUGGUUCACUGCCCGCAAUUGACGAAGGGAUGUCCCUCUCACCAACGCAAGCGCCAAACUCGAUGCAGCCUCCUCCUAUCCCGAGUGCGGCUGGCCAUAUGGACGACAAGGAUUCAUCCGCCGAUUCCUCGCCGAUCACGCCAUCCCAGGAAGAAGCUGCACGCGCGUUGGAGCUCGUCAUGAAUUUCUUCCAGUCGAAGAGCGCCGGUCUUGACAUCGAGCCACAAGAGUAUGUCACCAUCGGCAAGCUGAUGGAGAAGCUGCGAAUCAAGCGCAGCUCCGAAAGCCUACCAUCCGACAUGCGACGUGUGUCAGAGCCCAGCUUUACGACCCCCAAGCUCGAAAGCAUCGAUGCCAUCCAUUAGCGAGUCGGCUGUAUCGCCCUGUGGCUCCUCUUACAGCCCCAAGACGCUUACGACUACCCUUCUUCUGUGGAACGACUCCCUUCCAUGUUUGGUUUCAGAGAAGCAGAAUUGCACAACGUGUCUGGAUCACGAGGCCAUAAUUAUGGACACGCGCACGGCUAGCAUUGCGCAUUGGAGCCGCUAUUUGGAUUUGAUUUCCUAGUCGCAUAUCUUGCAUUUCCCACAUCAGCAUCACUAGCGUUGGUUUCUGUUUCUUCACUAUUCCUUCACUGGCUUGGAUUAUCUAUCACUCUAUUCUCAUUUAUUACUCGACGAACUACUAUACCCCCCUUUAGGCAGCGCGCAGCACCCCACUAUUUCCGACUCUAUCCCCUUACCAAAAGAAGACUGUAACCGCUCGCGCGGACCAUUAUUUUGUACGAUUUACUUAUACUGUUUUUGACCCUUGAUGCCAUGAUUUGCCGAGCGUGGCCUCCAUGUUGGAGUAACCGAGUCUCAAACGGAAGAAUGGGUUUCGUACGCACAUUUUGUACCCUAUACGUGGCUCGCGAUAUAGUUGUCUACCCCUGCCAAGAAGCGGCGUGACGAAAUGGUGUUUUACACUUGAAAUGCUAUUAAUGCUCAGUACGACA